AUGCGUAGAACGUCGGGGGUGGUUUCUCCGCAAAAUAAUGGCUGCUUGCGUACGGGGGCGCCUGCGUGCCUAGGUCUCCCCCAGAUUUGGGUCGCGGGCGGUGCCGCUUGCUCGGGCCAGAGGCGCUCAGGAUGCCACAGAGACCUGGGGAGGAGGAGGAGGAGCGGGAACGGGAAGAGGCUGCUCGGCGUCUGUGUUCGGUAAACACGCGGCAGCCUUGCCAAGUUAUUUUCUGCAAUCGCACCCCCCGCCUGGUGAGCCCCGUCUGGCUGGACUUCGACGGGAAGCCGCGCCCCUAUCCCACUCUGAACCCGGGGACCGGCCGUCGGAUCCUCAGCUACCUGGAACAUCUUUGGUUGUUCAGAGAUGCUGGGACAGAUGAUAGUCUGCUUGUCAACCAGACAGAGCUAUUCAUAGCUACUCGCAAUGUGAAUGGACAACCCCUAUUUGCAAAUAUUACAUUGCCAGUAUUCACUCUGAAAGAAAGAUGUCUCCAGGUUGUCCGCACUUUAGUGAAACCAGGAAACUACAGGAAAUUAGACAUUGUUCAUUCAUUAUAUGAAGAUCUAGAAGAUUAUCCAGACAUUAGGAAGGAUCUUCAGCGGCUUUCUCUGGAAAGGCAUAACCGGCUGAGGAAUGGAAUCUCUGACAGAAGUCAUUCUUAUUGCUGCAGAAAUCUGACAUAAGUAGAGGAAAGAUGGAAAUUCUGUGUGGUAGUGGUGUUUUACACCUGUUAAAGAGGAGACAUCUUCUUGGCUACUAUUCUUCCCACCGCCACUAACCCAAAAGUCUGACCACUCUCUGGCAGAGGCAUAGUUUUAUGACAAAUCACAAUUUUACCCUGGUUAAUUUCACUAUUGCAACAAAACGAGUGAAGUAAAUGUGAAAAUAAUAACUUCCAUCUCUUCAGUGUUCCAGGCAGGAGUUCAUGACAGCAGGUAUUCCAUAAACAAUAGGAAAAAACUUCCUGAUUUUCCUUUUCUCCCUCAGCUCAUCACACUAUACCACACCACUCCCCAAAAUUCUCCAUGCUCCUUUUUAACAACUUUCAACAGUAUACUGAGGUAGUAUUCAGCUGUUUCAUAAAAUAUUUUUGUUUGCAUUUCAGCGGGUGAUAGAUGGAAUUACUGUUGUCCAAUUUUCCAUUGUCUCUUGGAGACAGCUACUAAAAACUGGUUUUCACAAUUAUUUUUAUGUUAUUAGGUGUCAGCAAAGAGUGCUUUCACUAUUCAAUCUUAGAAUUUCAAGAUGGAAUAAUUGAGGGGAGAAGAGAGCCAAAGUUUAAAUAUCAUUUUCCAGCUGAGGCAGGUUUGCUAAAUAAUUUCAUGUCCAAAACAGUUUGUAAAAUUUGUAUAAUUUUUGUGCAUAUGAAUGUUGAGGGCUGGGAUUUUAUGUAAAUAGAGUAUUUCUCCAGUUUUUUAAUCAGGCAGCAAAAAAAGCAACAUAAACAGGAAUAAAGACUGUGAAAACAAAGUCCAUAUCAGCUCAGUUUUAGUAUCUUAAACAUUCAGUUCUAUAUCUGAGUUCGUAGACAAAAACAUGUUAAUGUGAAAUUGGGCACAUCAUUACUUUUGUGUAAUUCUGUGUUUAUUAGAUAUAGAGUGAUAAUAGUUGUCCAGGCUGGCCUAUUUGACUUCUAUUUCUGAAUUGUUAAGAACUGCUUUUAAUGUGUAUCUGAUUAAUUCUUAGCAUUCCAUACAAUGCAGCUUAUCUUUUUUUUAAAAAUCCUUAAAGACAUUAAAGCAGCUUGUUAAUUGC